AUGCUAAAUUCACCAGUGGCUGUCCAGGCUGGAUCAUUAUGGCUGACGAAUGAUGCUCGCCUGAAUCCAGGAGCCCGGACCCGGGUUCGCGAUCCUGCGAUGAUUUGCCAGCCAGCCAGCCAGGCAGGCCACUUGGGCCCAGUGUGGAUCCGAGCAUCUCCGCUCUGCUGCUGCUCCUCCUCCUCCUCCACAACAACCGACGACGACGACGUCGACGUCGCCCUCGCCAUUCCCAUUGCCAUUCCCAUCGCUCUCCCUCUCCGUCUGCUCGACUCGCCCGUCCCGUCUUCGAAAACGGCGUCUUCCAGCCGCCCCCAGGAUCCUCGCAACCUAUCACCGCUGGCGGCGAAAGACCCCCCGUCCCAUCCUCCUGGAGGCCAUUUCGAGUCGUCUGCCCGUCUUGCUGUGCCACAGCCGCUGUAUCAUCCUCCGGCGUCCUCUGGCAUAGCCCAGCAGUCCAAGAGCCGUCCUUUCUUCCCCUUUCGCGGCUCGCCAUCCGGGUCCCGCCUCUGGAAUCCGAUCAACUACGUCCCACGCACCACCCUUGUCACCCCUCGUCCUCCGCAGUUUUCGGACGAAAACCUCCCCCUCGAGGGGAGCAGUCGAGACGCGUACCCUCUCCUGACCAUCUCUGAGCAGCGUCGCAGUCGCCAUAGUCCUUCCCCGGCCAGUCUCGUCGAACGCGCCGUCGAAGAGACCGAGAGCGGCCGCACGAGCAUCGGGUUGCCCCGAAGUCAGCGGCGAAGUGGCCAUCACGACCGGUCACCGCAGGCAGACACGCCCGAGAUGACGACCGGAGAUGCCAAUCGACCAGACCCGCGGAGAGCUCCCGAUGACGGUGUCCAGCCACCCCCCGCGUCACGCACAGUCGGCACGGGGCCCAACAACAACGAAGCGGCGGAGGAACUCGCAUGGGGUCCUGCCCACCCUUGUUUCCCACACAUGAAUCCCCACGUGCCGAUUUCGUCGGAGGAGUACACGUCGACUCGCAUUAUCCGCAUCCGCCGCGACUGGAUGGUUAAGGGGGAUCUCGCCCCGACGUUCUCGAAUCUGUAUCCCGAAAUCCUCGACCCGCUGCUGCCCGAGCAAGAGUUCCGCCGCAUCAUUGCCAAGAUCAACGGGGAGCUCAUCAAGGCGUUUGAUCCCUUCAGCUUCCGCAACUGGUUCGAUUACGCGAUGGGCCUGCUGACCGGGUGGCUCUGGGACGAUCUGGGGCUGUCGGGGAUCAAGAGCCAUCUGAGACGGUUGGAGGAGUGGCUGGAGAAAUGGAAUCGAGAAGUGGGCGCCAAAGAGGGGGUACGGAUCUGGAGUCUGCGGCGGACGGCGUACAUGACGCUGGACAUCCAGAUCCCCGACCCCAAGGUGGGCCUUGUCUCGAGUGAAGGGCCGUCGGCGCCGGGGACGAGACCAAACAGCGGGAUUGGGCCGGGAGUGCGCGCUGCUGCAGAGGAGGCUCAUAACCGGUGA